UGCAGUCUGUGUACAACAGUGUUAGUUUCUCGCCGACGACCGUAUCGAACGGACUGCUCACGUCGUUCAUCGAAGUGACGGUAGUGUUCGGUCGCGUGUAUAAAUCGAACGGAAUAAUUGAAAUUGUACAAUAACCCAACGGAAACAAUUUUCGCGUGUGAUGUGUGUUCGGUGAUGUUUAUAAAGUGAUUUUUUUUUGUUAUGCGUGAAAGUGUAUUAAAAAUGGCAUGUUUUCCGACUGCGUUAUUUUUUGUAGCUGCGGUCGCGAUGUGGUUGUGCGCGCGUACUGCGGAAGCCAACAACGGCGACCCGGUGUGCGACUGGCAGCGAUUAACAACUACCGACGAAGCUCAACCGUUGCGUGUGGUGCUCAAAUGUUCGUUGAGAACCAUCAAUAAUGCGGACGCAGUUAUAUCAAAUCUGACGUCUGCUCAAAUGGAUAUGAUCACCAGUUUGACGCUUAAAUGUAGUGACGUUAUAUUUUUUGAGAGCAGCCUCGAAAAUAGUUUCUUAACCCAGCUCCGUAGACUGACUCACUUGGACUUGGAGUACUGUAAAAUUAAAUACGUGCCGCCUGUCGUGCUCAGUACAUCUCGGGAACUGAAACAGUUACGCAUCCGUACGCACAACGCUGACUGGUCUGCUAUGAACAUGGAUUUCCAUUCGGACAGUUUACGAGGUCUUACCCAGCUCAGGGAACUCGAUUUGUCCGACAACAAUAUUUGGAAUUUACCUAAAGAACUGUUUUGUCCGUUAGUUGGCUUGAAGUAUUUGAAUCUUACCAAAAACAGACUACAGGACGUGUUUGAGCUCGGUUUUUCUGAUUGGGGUAACGGGCCUACUGCUCCCGGAAAAACUUGUAAUACCGCCUUGGAAGACCUUAAUCUGGCCAACAACGAUAUUAUAUCAAUGCCAGACAACGGGUUGACCAGUUUGAGAGCGUUGAAAAAAUUAUUCCUCCAAGAAAAUCAGAUUAAUCAAAUUGCCGAUCGCGCUUUCGUCGGUCUGUCAUCGUUAAACGUACUGAAUGUAUCCAGCAAUCGUCUGUCCGCUUUGCCUCCUGAAUUGUUCCACUCCACGAGGUAUUUACGCGAAGUGUACCUACACAAUAACUCAAUUAACGUGUUGGCUCCAGGACUCCUAGAAGGCUUGGAUCAGCUGCUCGUGUUGGACAUGUCUCAUAAUGAGCUGACCAGCACUUGGGUGAACAAGGAUACAUUUUCCGGACUAGUCCGUCUCGUAGUGCUCAAUCUUGGUCAUAACCAGCUAACGAAAAUCGAUUCUCAUAUUUUCCAAGACCUGUACAGUUUGCAGAUUCUCAAUUUGGAACACAAUAAUAUAGAAACGCUAGCAGAUCGGGCGUUUGUAACACUUAGUAAUCUACACGCGCUCACCUUAUCGUUUAAUAAACUCAAGCGCAUCGAACCUAUGCACUUUUCCGGUCUUUACGUUAUCAAUCAACUGUUUUUGGACAGGAACCGCAUAGAAGUCAUCGACGAGUCAGCAUUUCAAAAUUGUACCAAUCUUCACGAUCUCGGAUUGUAUGGUAAUGCUUUAAGGCAAGUACCCGUUGCCUUAUCCAAACUGCACAUGUUGAAAACGCUAGACUUGGGAGGAAACGCUAUCAAACACGUUCAUAACACGUCUUUCGACGGUCUCGACUUGUUAUACAAUUUAAUAUUGUCCAACAACGAAAUAUCCAACUUGACUGCGUAUACCUUCUCAUCAAUGCCUCUAUUACAAGUACUCAACUUGGCUUUUAAUCGGCUCGUCCACGUCGACCAACACGCGUUCGGCACGUCAAGUACAUUGCACGCUAUCCGACUAGACGGCAAUGCCCUGACCGAUAUCAACGGCAUGUUCGACGGUUUGUCUCGGCUCGUAUGGCUAAACGUAUCUGAUAACCGCAUAGGUAAAUUCGAUUACUCUUACCUACCGUCCAGCGUCGAAUGGUUGGAUAUGCACAAAAAUCAAAUCAGAGAUUUAGGAAAUUACUAUGUUCAACGUGACGCCAUCCAAAUAAAAAUGUUGGACGCCAGUUUUAAUCAUUUGACCGAAAUUACGGACACUUCUGUACCAGACAGCGUUGAAAGCGUAUUUCUAAACAACAAUUUGAUUCACAAAAUAAAAAUAAAUACAUUUUUACGCAAGGCGAAUUUGUCCAGGGUGGUGUUGUACGCCAACAAAAUGGAGUACAUUGACAUAGCGAGUUUACGAUUGGACCCAGUGCCCGAAUAUAAAGAGUUGCCUCAAUUUUACAUCGGUGACAAUCCACUGAAAUGCGAUUGUACUACUGAAUGGUUACAGCGAAUCAAUCAGCUCAGCGUACAGCGUCAACAUCCCCGUAUUAUGGAUAUGGACUCGAUUAUGUGUCGGUUGGUACAUUCAAAAACUGAAAAAUACAAACCCCUGUUGGAUUUAAAACCGUCACAGUUUCUAUGCGAAUAUACGUCACAUUGUUUUUCCGUUUGCGAGUGCUGCGAUUUUGACGCGUGUGACUGUGAAAUGACUUGUCCCGACAACUGUACGUGUUACCAUGAUCACGUGUGGUCAUCUAACAUAGUGGAUUGUUCGAACGCUGGUUACAAGUCGAUUCCGGCUCGUAUACCGAUGGACGCCACAGAAAUAUACUUGGACGGCAACGACUUGGGAGAAUUGCCCGGGCACAUAUUUUUGGGCAAAAAGAAACUACAGGUACUGUUCAUGAACAAUAGCAACAUAGUCCUGCUAAAUAACAAGACGUUCAAUGGCGUACCCGAUCUAAGGGUAUUGCAUAUGGAAGAUAACCGACUAGACAAGCUCGACGGCGGUGAAUUUGAAACCCUGUCAAAAUUGAGCGAACUCUAUUUGAACGACAAUCGAAUUACCAGCGUGGCCAACAAGUCAUUUGCACCCCUAAAAUCUUUACAAGUAUUGCACCUAGAAAAUAAUCAAAUCAACGAAUUUCGGCCAUGGCAGCAGCUCAGUGGUGCAAAUUCACUGACUACAGUGUCGUUGGCUGGCAAUACUUGGUUGUGCGACUGUGAUGUUAUUGUCGGUUUGGAUGGAUGGCUUAAAAACAAUGACUAUCCAUCUUCGACGAUGAUGUGCUCGGACAAAACGACAACUGUUGUUAGCGCCAUUCAAAAGUGUCUCGCCGAACGCGACUCGGGCCCGAGUAUCCAUCGGCCGUUCUACAACACAUCUGUGUUGGGCACCGACUAUGUCCCGUUCGUGGCCGCCAGUCUGGCGUUAUUCAUCGUAGUGUUCGUGUUGAUCGCUCUCGCUCUCGUGUUUCGCGAUGAUCUGUGUUUGUGGGCACACUCUCGGUACGGAAUGCGUGUGUGCAAAUCACCGCCGGGCGAGACAGACAAACUGUACGAUGCGUAUAUGGUGUACAGUAUUAAAGACGAGGAGUUUGUGAAUCACAUAUUGUCUAGUAGUCUCGAACGUUUCGGAUACAGUAUGUGUUUGCACUACAGAGACAUCCACGUCAUCAGCCCGGUUUAUCUGAUGGACAGCUUUUUAGGUGCGUCCGACGCGUCCAAGAGAAUUAUCGUCGUGCUGUCGUUGUCGUUCUUGCAAAACGAAUGGGAAAAGCCCGUGUUUAGAACGGCGUUCCAGGCGUGUGUAGAACGAGCGAAAACGAAAAAACAACCGGUGGUCGUGCUGUUGACCACUACGAUCACGCCUGAUCGAGAGCUUCAAGCGCUGCUCAAAGCGUGUGACGUGGUCACGUGGGGCGAAAAACGGUUUUGGGACCGACUCAGGUACCUGAUGCCGGAUCCCAAACCCCUAGGCGGCACCAGUGACCUCAAGAAAGUGAUAUGCGACGGCCGACCGGUGGCCAGGUACACGGCGGCGCCGACGUCUUUAGAAGCGUGGAUUCGCAUGAGUCCCGCGUCCAUAACGCAAUCCCAAGCUCCCACGCAGAGCUCGUGCGUGUCCGAAGAAUCGUCCCAAAGGACGACAGACGAAGACGAGGACCCGUCCAACCACAGUUACGUGUCCAUCGAUUACCAACAAAGGCACAAGCUACACCACGUGUAUAGUAGUAUACCGGACCCGAUUUACAAUCAGGCCGGUGGAAGGACUUACUUCGUUUAGUCGGAACGCUGACAAACUCCUCUGUACCACAGUCGCCCACGGACUGCGCGGACAUUGUGGCCGCACCGCAAUUAUUUGCUUCUUCUUAUCUGUAAACAAUGAAAUGAAAAAAAUACCACUUGUAUUAUAUAACGUGUACAUCGAAUUUAUAUAUUGUAAAUAACUUUCGUUGUUGUUUAAUUUACGUUUUGUUUUAAUUUAUAUAGAUUUUAUAAGCCUAUUUUUCGAGAUAAUUAUAAUCGUUCGGGAUGAUUUUUGUUUGUAUUAUACCUUUUGUUUAAAAAUAACAACAAAACUACAGGCUAGACAUUUUUAAAAAGACUGAAAUGGCCUCGAAGGUUUCUAUGAUACCUUGUAGCUAAUUGAUAAAGCCAUAUUUUUAUAAGAAUAAAAAAAAAGAAAUUGAAAACUUGUAUUGAUACAAUAUAUUUGUGGACAUGUUAUUAUUAUUUGUACUAGAUUUUUCUUUUUUUAACUUUUUAUACAAAUAUAUUAUUGUGCUUUUUUUUUUUUGGGGGGGGGGGGCAAUGUCGACUGCAACGACGCGUACAACAAUUUUCUGUAAUAGAUAUAUUUUCCAGUUUCAAAUUUUUUAUUGUAUAAUCGUACUUUGAUACUAUUUUGUUACAUUUAUAGGCUCUGUCGUCGCGAAACGAUGUUGAAAAAGUUCCUGUAAUUUUAAUUUUUUUUUUUCUAAACAAAAUAAUAUUAUUAAUACUUAUUAUUAUUAUUAUUAUAUACAUUGUAAACGCGUACAGGUGCUUUUUAAUAAGUAGUUUUAUGCGAUCUGUACAGCUCCGAGUCGUUGGUAAUUGUAAUGUUAUCGGAUAUUUUUUUGUACAUUUUUUCAACUAACCCAGUGUACUUAAAAUGAAAAUAAAAGAACGGCGGACUUAAAAUUGUAAAAGCCGCUUAACGGAUUAUUAUACCCUCGUUUAACUACGUAAAAUUAUGAUUACUAUGUAUUUAUUAUUUUCCGUCUCUGUUACUUGUACUAAGUUUUUAGUCGUCAUGUGAUUUAUUUUGUAUUAUAUAUAAUUAGGCGCACAUUCGAUGUAAUAUGUGUAAAGAUAAUGAAAAACAAAUGAUAAUAGCUUUAAUAAAAAGUCAUAAUUUAUAAUGCUCAA